CCCCCACCUGUGCCCAGCAGUGCCCCCACCUGUGCCCAGCAGUGCCCCCACCUGUGCCACUCUGCAGUGCCACCUACCUGUGCCCAGAAGUGCCACCUACAUGUGCCCAGCAGUGCCACCCACCUGUGCCCACCCACCAGUGCCACCCACCAGUGUAGCCCAGCAGUACUGCCAGUCAGUGCCACCAGUCAGUGCCCAGGGGUUGUGCCAGUCAGUGCCGCCAGUCAGUGCCCAGAAGUGAUGCCAGUCAGUGCCGUCUAUCAGUACCCAUCAUCAGUGUCACCUAUCAGUGCCGCCUAUCAGUGCUGCCUAUCCGUGCCACCUCAUUAGUACUGCCUAUCAGUGCCCUUUAG